CGUGACGCGGCUGCGCGGGAUGGGCCGGGCUGAGGCCGAGGCGGCGGCGGUGGCUGUAGCGAGGGGCGUCGGAGCGACCACGGCCCCCCGAACCCAACCACCAUGAGCACCAAGCAGGUCACCUGCAGGUACUUCAUGCACGGGGUGUGUCGGGAAGGCAGCCAGUGCCUCUUCUCCCACGACCUGGCCAACAGCAAGCCGUCCACCAUCUGCAAGUACUACCAGAAGGGCUGCUGCGCCUACGGGACCCGCUGCAGAUACGAUCACACGAGGCCCUCCGCUGCGGCCGGCGGCGCAGUGGGCACCAUGCCCCCCGGCGGGCCUUCCCUGGGCUUCCACAGCCCUCACCCUCCUCCCGACCUCACGGCGACCCUCACGACCAUCGGGAAGGCUAACUCUCACGAGCCUGGGAAGCGCGAGAAGAGGACACUGGUGCUUAGAGACCGAAAUCUCUCUGGCCUGGCUGAAGAGAAGACCCGCCCGAGCGUGAUGAGUAACCCCGGCGGCUGCCACGACUCCCAGACCAGCCCGGAGGGGAAGCCGCACUCCUACCUGGAUGCCAUCAGGAGUGGCCUGGACGAGCUGGAGGCCUGCAGCUCCUACAGCAGCGAGCAGCUGUGCCCCUAUGCGGCUGCUGGGGAGUGCCGCUUCGGGGAGGCCUGUGCCUACCUGCACGGGGACAUGUGUGAGAUCUGCAGGCUGCGAGUCCUGCACCCCUUCGACCCAGAGCAGAGGAAAGCUCACGAGAAGGUCUGCAUGGCGACAUUCGAACAUGAGAUGGAGAAGGCCUUUGCCUUCCAGGCGAGCCAGGACAAAGUGUGUAGCAUCUGCAUGGAGGUGGUCCUCGAGAAGGCGUCGGCCUCGGAGCGGCGGUUUGGGAUCCUCUCCAACUGCAACCACACGUACUGCCUGUCCUGCAUCCGGCAGUGGAGGUGCGCCAAGCAGUUUGAGAACCCCUCCUGUCCAGAAUGCCGUGUGAUCUCAGAGUUCGUCAUUCCAAGUGUGUAUUGGGUAGAAGACCAGAAUAAAAAGAACGAGUUGAUUGAAGCUUUCAAACAGGGGAUGGGGAAAAAAGCUUGUAAAUACUUUGAGCAAGGCAAGGGGACCUGCCCCUUUGGAAGCAAAUGCCUUUACCGCCACGCAUAUCCCGACGGGCGGCUGGCAGAGCCCGAGAAACCUCGGAAGCAGCUCAGUUCUGAAGGCACCGUGAGGUUCUUUAACUCAGUGCGGCUCUGGGACUUCAUUGAGAACCGAGAAAGCCAGCACGUCCCCAGCACCGAAGAAGUCGACAUGACAGAGCUGGGGGACCUCUUCAUGCACCUCUCCGGAGUCGAGUCAUCAGAACCCUGAAGAGCACAGGUGCUGCACCUGCAUCGUGGCCCUGCAGCCCAGACUUCCCCACCCGGGGUGUGGGAGCUGCCCCUGCUGCCUCAGCGCUCAGAUGAGAGUGGGGUGGCACCUCCCCUCGGUCUCACCCACUCCAUUAUUACAGCCCUGGGAACAGCGAAGGAUAUAAAAUUCCUAACAAGUAUACAAAAUGCUCUUCUUAGAGUUGCUCUCUUAGUUGCACUUUGAACCCCUCUGGUGACCAGCUAACACUCAGACUGUUUUUGAUGAUUGCUUUUAAAACAUACCUGGCUUCUGUCCUUCUUGAUCUUUUUCUCCCCAGAAACGGUAAACCUGCAUCUGCCUCAGAAGCUGCAGAUGCCUUUUUCCCACCGAGGGUUCCUCUCUGGUGAACUCCCAUGUGUGCUGGGAGACGUUUUACCUCCUCGGAGCCUUUUGUGAACACAGCGAUAGCACAACUCCCGUGGGGCCCUUCGAGAUGAUCAGCUUGUGAGCUCCCGCAACUGUCCCCAGUCAGUGGUGCUGGUGUCCCAUGUGCAGCCGCAGUGAGGGUGUGGACCCUUCCCUCCUAGGAGGCCCCUGGAGCCGCAGGAAGCGCUGCGCCAGGACCCCUCUCACGUUGGCUCAUGCCCGGCAGUGUGUACUGGGGGCUCGGAGCACACGUGCGCUAUCCUUGCCUGUGAAACCCAGCUCUGAUUUGAGGUUUCCGGCCCUGCCCCGGCAGUGGUCCUAAAAAGAAGCGAAGGUGGUGGUCUUCGACAGCUGGAUGGUGACUGAAGGGUGGACAUAACCUUGUGAAUCAGACUAUUUCUGUAAAAAGCAGUGCAGACACAAAACAUUUUUAGAAUUGCACUCCUUCCAGAUGUGAGAAGAUCCGUCAUCUGCGCUGGGUGCGUUUUGCUCUGCUUUCCGAGUUGGGGUCAGUGCAGGGACACAAGGGGCACAGUGGCUUAGUCCCCCUCACCCCCAGCCGAGGCGCCCAUCCACUUCUUGAGCUCUCCAGAAGGGUGACAACUACUUUCAAGGAAGGGAACAGCCAUUAAACCUAAAUUUAAUUUAUUUUAUUAAAAUAACAUAAUUGAGGAACCAUUAGAUAACUGUAUUUUGUCAGGCGCAAUAAAAACAAAAUUAAAACUCAAA